GUAGCUAUGUAAGUGGAAGGUUAUUUGCUUCUGUUUGUAGGUGAAAAUCGAUGUACGUAAGUAAAUUUUUCAUCUAUAAUUAAUCUUAUUUAUUUUAUAUAUUUAUGUAAAGUGUUGUAAAGCAAACUUUUUUAAAGUUGAUAAACACUUUCAUAUUGUUGUUGCUGGAAUAUAAGUUUAAAUGACGAACGAAUAGAAUUUUCAAUUUUUCUUGUUUUAAGCGGUUAGACAGACAGAGAUUCGUAGAUAUGACACAGUAAAAUAAACAUAAUUAUUUAAAAUUGAUUUUUGUUUUCGUUUUCUUUCUCUUGUAUUUUGAAAGGUAAAAAAUACUGGAUUAUAAAAAGAGGAUUUAAUUAUUUUUUUUUAAAAAUAUGGCUAUUAACUAUAUCUGCCAAGAGAAAAUAUGUUUCAUUCAAGUUAAUGAUUCAGAUGUUUAUAGAUUAAAGACCCAAAAGCAUUAGUUCGUUAUGAAGAUCUGUAAAAAAAAUGUGCUAUCCACAUAUUUAAAGAUAUAUUUGGUAAGUGUAAAAUAAAGAAAUUGAUGUCAUUUAUGCAAAUUAUUAGGGCAAUCAUCAUUAUUACAAGUAUAUAUUUACACUAACACACAGACGCCUCUACCUACUUAACUACCUAUCUACCUACCUACCCCCAACCAAUGCACCGUUUUUUCUUUUAAAAGAGGCAAUUAAAAUUACUUACGGGAUGGGCGGAGCUAGUUAAAGUUAAAGGUAUAAAACAUAUGCUUUUUUUAAAUGUUCCUUUUUUUUAUUGUUUCUGUUUUCUUACACGCUGUGGGAAUUCGCUGUUAAUGAAAAUUAAUGACGUGAUAAUUUUUUUACAGAAAGUGUCGUGAAAUCGUUGGUCAAUGUGUGUUAAGCCCCCGUAUCUAAAUGAAGAACUACAAUAAAUAUAUUUCAUGGAUUAGCAAGAUUUUAACUUAGUGACCGAACAUGUCUUUCAUGUUUGUCACUUAAAUGUUCGAAAUAGAAUUCUGUCAAGUGCUGCCCAUAUAACAUGACUGAGAGCUGAUUUAAACUAAAACUGUUUGACAAUUAGGAGAAUGAUUCAUUGGAAAUAUACAAUAACAAUAUUGUUUACAUUUUCUCUUAUUGGACUUGAAGUGACAGGUAUGUAAUUCGUAGAGAAACAAUAAAAAUAGUGAAGAAACAAACAGUUUAAUUUUUUAAAAUGUCUGACUUCAGACAUCUAUAAAGUAUUUUCAAAUCAUUAAUGAGACAUUAAUGAAAUAGUCGUUGUUAUUUUAGCAUGUGAGACUGGAUGGUUUGGUACAAAUUGUGAAUACCAAUGUCAUUGUACUACUGCCACAUGUGACACUGAUGGAGGGUGCCUGCCAGGAAAAUGUGCUUCUGGGUGGUUUGGUCCAGCUUGUCAAUACCGUAAGAAACCUUUUAUUGGAGUUAAAUUCAAAGAUUAAUACAAUUUACUAUUUUAAAAGCAGAGUGAAUGUUGCAUUUAACGUUUAUCUUAAAUGCAUGGUAAGAUAGUUGAUUCAAGUGGGAGGUUGGCAACAAGAAGUUUCAAAUCUUGAAAUAAAAAAAAAGAAAAGCAAUAACACUGACAUUUUGACUGGACACGUUCAAUAAUGAAAUAAAAAAGAUAAUAAUAGAUGCCUAAAGGUGACAGCUUGAAAGAAAAAGGCAUCACAAUGGGAAAUUUGUCAGAAAAACAAUUCCUAUUAAGUGUUAUCCUAAUUAUUACCAAUCAUAUUUUUAAAAUGUUAAUGGAGAUUUGAACGUAUGAACUCACAUCUUCACACAGAAGGAACGAAGUUUCAACAAUAUAAUCUUUUUUUAGCCCGUCUAUCAUUUUAAUUAUUAAAAUGUCAAAAAAUAAUUUAAGAAUUUAGGUGUUUGAAGAGAAUUCGAUAAAACAUCAUAUAUAAAUUUCAGUUCAUAACUUUAGCUUGCUACUAUAUUAAUAUAUGAGAAGCAAUAUUUUCUUGAAAAUAAACACAUUUCUAUCGCAAUAUUUUCAUAUAGUUAUUUAUUUGAGAAGAUCUGUGUUUACUAUGACAGGUUAAGUUAAUUAAAAGUUAUGGACUAGCAGACAGAAAGGACGAAAAAAAUUUACAAGAACAUUCAAGUUUUAUUUAAAAUCUUAGUUAUAUUACUCUAAUGAUACGCAAGAUCUUAAAAAUAUUCAAAAUAUUUAAAAAAAUUUGAUGUUUUCGUUGUAUUGUUUAAGAGGACCUGUAUUCACAACCACAAGUUGCCAUAAGGUCACUGAUUGCUACAAUCCUCACAGACAGAGAUGACCAAACAUGUUUAACAACGAAUAUAAGAAAUUUGACAGUUACAUUAUUCAUGAUUUAUCCCAUUACUUGGAUACGAUUAGUUGUGAAAAAACCUGGUAAGUAGUAGAAUAAAACAUUUGUUGAUUUUUUUUAUUGUUCUAAAUGUCCAAACAUAACGCGCAUUUUUCUAAGAAAACGCAAAUUAAAAAAAAUGCGUGCAAAUUGCUUGCAUUUUUCGCUAUUUAAGUCACAAUGUUUUCACCCAUGUCUGCAACGGUGAGUAAAGCUCCACCACUAGAUGGCGUUAGAUGAGCUCAUUGACUAUGAACGGAAGUAGAAAAACUAAGUGGCGAAUAAGGAUUUACCAAGUAAUGAUCAGUUAGAAAACAUAACGCACUACUGCGCGCCUCUAUUUUAAUUCGGUAAAAACAUAACGUCCACGUAAGCGGCAUCUGAUCUUGGCAGGAUACACGUACAUUUCCGUAAUUUUUUACGUAGACAAAAAGGUAUCCGCGGGCCGCAUGAGAGGGCCUCGCGAGCCGCAUGUGGCCCGCGAGCCCUAGUUUGGAGACCCCUGUAUUAGACUAUCGGAUUAUUUGUGAGAUAUAUUUCAUAUAUAUAGUUUUAAUUUACACUAUCAUAUGAAUUGAACUACAUUCUAAAGACUCUCACAUCUCGAACUUUGUGUUUAAGAAUGUAUUGAUUUUUCACAAUAGAAAAAUAUUCUAUUGCCAAUAUAGAAUAAGUAUAUAAUACUAUUGUGUAGUGAGGACUUUCUAAAAAAAUUAACUAAUAUUUUGUGUUUCAGAUCAGUUGCAUACAAUUACAAUAUUGUUCACCGACACACAAAACAGUGUUACAACAUGCAGUAGAACUGUAAUACAAGAUAGAACCCUGGACGUAAUCUGUGACGUCAGUGUUGCAGCAAACAAAAUAAGCUUUAGAGGAGACGGCGUGAGCUCACUGUGCUCUCUUUACAUAAGUGGGGGUAGGUCUUUACAUUGGGGGGUUAGAUCUUUACAUUAGUGGUUGUAGGUCACUACAUUGGUUGAGGUAGGUCUUUACAUUAGUGGAGGUAGGUCUUUACAUUAGUUAUGCAAGUUCUUUACUUUUUUGGAGGUAGGUCUUAACAUUAGUGGAGGUAGGUCUUUACAUUAGUGGAAUUAGUUCUUUACAUUAGUGGAAGUAGGUCUUUUUUAUUAGUGGAAGUAGGUGUUUAAAUUAGGGGAGGUAGGUCUUUACAUUAGUGGAGCUAGGUCUUUACAUUAAUGAAGGUAGGUAUUUACAUUAGUGGAGAUAGGUCUUUACAUUAGUGGAGGUUGGUCUUAACUUAGUGGAUGUAGUGCUUUACUUUUUUGGAGGUAGGGCUUUACAUUAGCUGAGUUAUAUAUUUACAUUGUUUGAGGUAGGGAUUAACAUUAGUGGAGGUAGGAAUUUACAUAGGGGAAGGUAGGGAUUUACAUUGGUGGAGGUAGGGAUUUACAUAGAGGAAGGUAGGGAUUUACAUUGGUUGAGGUAGGGAUACACAUUGGUGGAGGUAGAUUUUUACAUUAGUGAAGGUAGGUCUUUACAUUAGUGGAUGUAGGACUUUGCAUUAGUGGAGGUAGGUCUUUACAUUAGUGGAGGUAGGUCAUUACAUUAGUGGAGCUAGGUCAUUACAUUAGUGGAGGUAGGUCUUUACAUUAGUGGAGGUAGGUCUUUACAUUAUUUAUGCAUGUUCUUUACUUUGUUGGGGGUAGGUCUUAACAUUAGUGGAGGUAGAUCUUUACAUUAGUGGAGGUAGGUCUUUAUUAGUAGAGGUGGGUCUUUACAUUAGUGGAGGUAGGUCUUUACAUUAUUUGUGCAUGUUCUUUACUUUGUUGGGGGUAGGUCUUAACAUUAGUGGAGGUAGAUCUUUACAUUAGUGGAGGUAGGUCUUUAUUAGUAGAGGUGGGUCUUUACAUUAGUAGAGGUGGGUCUUUACAUAAGUGGGGGUAGGUCUUUACAUUGGGGGGUUAGGUCUUUACAUUAGUUGUUGUAGGUCACUACAUUGGUUGAGGUAGGUCUUUACAUUAGUGGAGGUAGGUCUUUACAUUAGUUAUGCAAGUUCUUUACUUUUUUUGAGGUAGGUCUUAACAUUAGUGGAGGUAGGUCUUUACAUUAGUGGAAUUAGUUCUUUACAUUAGUGGAAGUAGGUCUUUUUAUUAGUGGAAAUAGGUGUUUAAAUUAGGGGAGGUAGGUCUUUACAUUAGUGGAGCUAGGUCUUUACAUUAAUGAAGGUAGGUCUUUACAUUAGUUGAGAUAGGUCUUUACAUUAGUGGAGGUUGGUCUUAACUUAGCGGAAUUAGUGCUUUACUUUUUUGGAGGUAGGGCUUUACAUUAGCUGAGUUAUAUAUUUACAUUGUUUGAGGUAGGGAUUAACAUUAGUGGAGGUAGGAAUUUACAUAGGGGAAGGUAGGGAUUUACAUUGGUGGAGGUAGGGAUUUACAUAGAGGAAGGUAGGGAUUUACAUUGGUUGAGGUAGGGAUACACAUUGGUGGAGGUAGAUUUUUACAUUAGUGAAGGUAGGUCUUUACAUUAGUGGAUGUAGGACUUUGCAUUAGUGGAGGUAGGUCUUUACAUUAGUGGAGGUAGGUCAUUACAUUAGUGGAGCUAGGUCAUUACAUUAGUGGAGGUAGGUCUUUACAUUAGUGGAGGUAGGUCUUUACAUUAUUUAUGCAUGUUCUUUACUUUGUUGGGGGUAGGUCUUAACAUUAGUGGAGGUAGAUCUUUACAUUAGUGGAGGUAGGUCUUUAUUAGUAGAGGUGGGUCUUUACAUUAGUGGAGGUAGGUCUUUACAUUAGUGGACGUAGGUUUUUACAUGGGGGGAGGUAGGUCUUUACAUUAGUGGAGGUAGGUCUUUACAUGGGUGGAGGUAGGUCUUUACAUUAGUGGAUGUAGGUUUUUACAUUAGUUAUGCAAGUUCUUUAUUUUUUUUGAAGUAGGUCUUUACAUUAGUGGAAGUAGGUCUUUACAUUAGUGGAGGUAGGCCUUUACAUUAGUGGAGGUAGGUCUUUACAUUAGUGGAGGUAGGUCUUUACAUUAGUGGAAGUAGGUCUUUAAAUUAGUGGAGGUAGGUCUUUACAUUAGUGGAGGUAGGUCUUUACAUUAGUGGAGGUAGGUCUUUACAUUAGUGGAGGUACUGCUUUACUUUUUUGGAGGUAGGGCUUUACAUUAGCUGAGUUAUAUAUUUACAUUAUUUGAGGUAGGGAUUAAUAUUGGUGGAGUUAGGGAUUUACAAUGGUGGAGGUAGGGAUUUACCUUUGGGUGAGGUAGGGAUUUACAUUGGUGGAGGUAGGGAUUUACAUUAGUGGAGGUAGGGAUUUACAUUGGUGGAGGUAGGGAUUUAUAUUAGUGGAGGUAGGGAUUUAAAUUAGUGGAGGUAGGGAUUUACCUUGGGUGUGGUAGGGAUUUACAUUGGUAGAGGUAGGGAUUUACAUUAGUGGAGGUAGGGAUUUACAUUAGUGGAGGUAGGGAUUUACAUUGGUAGAGGUAGGGAUUUACAUUGGUGGAGGUAGGGAUUUAUAUUAAUUAAGGUAGGGAUUUACAUUGGGUGAGGUAAAGAUUUACAUUGGUGGAGUUAGGGAUUUACAUUAGUGGAGUUAGGGAUUUACAUUAGUGGAGGUAGGGAUUUACAUUAGUGGAGGUAGGGAUUUACAUUAGUGGAGGUAGGGAUUUACAUUAGUGGAGGUAGGGAUUUACAUUGGUUGAGGUAGGGAUUUACAUUGGUUGAGGUAGGGAUUUACAUUAGUGGAGGUAGGGAUUUACAUUAGUGGAGGUAGGGAUUUACAUUAGUGGAGGUAGGGAUUUUUAUUAGUGGAGGUAGGGAUUUACAUUAUUGGAGGUAGGGAUUUACAUUAGUGGAGGUAGGGAUUUACAUUAGUGGAGUUAGGGAUUUACAUUGUUGGAGGUAGGGAUUUACAUUGGUUGAGGUAGGGAUUUACAUUAGUGGAGGUAGGGAUUUACAUUAGUGGAGUUAGGGAUUUACAUUAGUGGAGGUAGGGAUUUACAUUAGUGGAGGUAGGGAUUUACAUUAGUGGAGCUAGGUCAUUACAUUAGUGGAGGUAGGGAUUUACAUUAGUGGAGGUAGGGAUUUACAUUGGUUGAGGUAGGUAUUUACAUUAGUGGAGUUAGGGAUUUACAUUAGUAGAGAUAUGGAUUUACAUUAGUGGAGGUAGGGAUUUACAUUAGUGGAGUUAGGGAUUUACAUUAGUGGAGGUAGGGAUUUACAUUAGUGGAGGUAGGGAUUUACAUUAGUGGAGGUAGGGAUUUACAUUGGGUGAGGUAGGGAUUUACAUUAGUGGAGGUAGGGAUUUACAUUAGUGAAGGUAGGGAUUUACAUUGGUGGAGGUAGGGAUUUACAUUAGUGGAGGUAGGGAUUUACAUUAGUGGAGGUAGGGAUUUACAUUAGUGGAGGUAGGGAUUUACAUUAGUGGAGGUAGGGAUUUACAUUAGUGGAGGUAGGGAUUUACAUUAGUGGAGGUAGGGAUUUACAUUAUUGGAUGUAGGGAUUUACAUUAGUGGAGGUAGGGAUUUACAUUAGUGGAGGUAGGGAUUUACAUUAGUGGAGGUAGGGAUUUACAUUAGUGGAGGUAGGGAUUUACAUUGGCGGAGUUAGGGAUUUACAUUGGUGGCGGUAGGGAUUUACAUUGAUGGAGGUAGGGAUUUACAUUGGUAGAGGUUUGGCUUUACCUUAAUGGAUGUUCGGAUUUAGAUUACGUGAGAUAGGGCUUUACUUUGGUGAAAAUAAAUAUCGGAGCAGGAUAUAUUAAGGCUUUCUAAACCAGGGAGAUACCUAGGGCAUUUGGUACCCAUCAAAGAAACAUCAGAAAUAUUGUUGUAAUCAGACCAGCUGUAAAAUUCGCAAAAGGAACUUAUAACCUUACCCUGUCAAUAGAGGAAAUUCCAAAUAAUUAGGAAUAAAGAGAGGGCACCACAAAAACCCAACAUGAAAAUUGAUAUUUAAGGUUUCUAUAAUUAAAGUACAUUUCUAUAACUCAAGGAAUACUAGACUUCGUGAUAGAGAACAAGAGAGUAUGACAUGGCGCAAGCCAUGCAUUUUCUCAAGAGAGAGUUACACCAUUCAUCGUUAUAAUUAUACAAGGAUAUGAUUAUUAUUCGUGCUACUAAAUGAAGUGUAAUUUGCGCCUAGCGCACCCGCCAUACCAUAUGUACGCUGCUGUGAUAAACAGUGGUGAAAGCAGGCUUAUAUUUGUAACGUUUUGCAUUAAAUUAUUUGAACACAUUUCCCCAGAAUAAUAUUUGAACUGACAAAGAAACAUAUCGUUGAACAAUUUAAAUAUUUGGAAUAUCUGGACACAUCUUGUGAUCUUUAAUUUACCGUUGAACAAAAGAUUUAAAACCUCAAUAUUUUAUCAGUCAUACUAAUUAAUUUAAAUAUAAUUUUUUAGAUCUUUACUGACUGGAAAGCUCUUUGCUCCCUAUGACUAAGUCUUUAUGACCUUUGGAAACAACAAAAUAGACCUGUGUCACGAAAUUUUUAAUUAGCUAAAUAUACGUGUGUCGCAAUGUUUUUAUGAGCUUCUUAAUUAACAUGAUUAUAUAUGAUUAAAAAAAUGGAUUUGAAGAUGAACUUAUGAUUAAAUCAUGUAACUAGUUUUAAAUUGUAUUUUAGGUAGAAACAUAGCAUUAAAGCAAAUGACGUCACAAUCAAGUAACUACAGCGAAGGAUCAGUAAUAUAUGACUCCAGUCGUGCUGUAGAUGGCAAUACAGAUUCCGAUUUCUUUCAUGGCAGUUGCACACAUACACAGAUAGAGACUGCCUCUAAUUGGAAUGUGACAUUCUCUAGACCUCAACUUGUAAACAGAUACGUUCUUUACAAUAGAAACCACCGUAAGUUUUACUAUAAUAUAAAAGUUCAAACACUAAUUGAAAUGACGUCACAAGUUAUAUUAGUUUUGCUUACAUUUUAAAAGUCCGUCCUAGGAAAAAAUGAAAUUUUUAUGUAGCUUGUUCUUAUAAGAUCAGACGAUUUGAUUAGGGAGAAUUGAGAUUAGAAAGAGUGGGGAGGAUGAUAUUAUGGAAAAUUCUUGUGGCCAAGAUGUGGCGAUGAAUGGUUGAGUAUGUCAGUAGAGACCACGUAUAACUUUAUUUAAAUUCAUUAGUUCAUUUUUAAGGGUGAAUCAAUAUAACGACAUAUGAUAUCUUGCUUGUCUCAUUGUUAUCUUAAAGAUUUUUAAGUAGUUUAUACAUACAUAGUACAUACUGUUUCACUGUAAGUUACUUCUUAGUCAAUUUAAUUUCUUUUCACUAAUUUCUUGUAAGUAUUAGUCUUCAGUCAAUUAUGUAAUAUCAUGGUUUAUUUAGUUUUAAUGAAUCACUAGAAUAAUUAUAUAAUUUUUUACAAGUGACGCUUACUUCUGUUUAUUUUGAAGAUAAAAGAAUAAAUUAUCGUCAUUGUAGAAAACUGUUAACUUUUUAAAUGUUAUGACUUAUAAUUUUCUGUCUAUGGUAUGAUUUUAGUUCAAGAAAGACUGCUGAGUUUCUCUCUCUCAAGUUUUAACUCAGAAAAUAUCACUGUCUUCACUUACUCCAUCCCUCAAAAACAACAAAUGAUUUAUACCUUGAUUUCACCCCCUGCAAUUGUUUCAUUUGUUAAAAUAUUCACCAAUGUCACCCAAAUCCUGACCUUGUGUGAAGUGGGAAUCUAUGGUGGUGAGUAACAUAGUUUGUUUAUUUUAUUUAGCCCAGGACAGUUGUCUUAAAAAAAAAUCAUAUCUUUUUCAAACACUGAUAUAAAGAAAUCAAACAUUUAUAAUUAUUUUCUUGAUAUCUUUUAUGUAGCACAACUUUCCCGUGCGUGAACUUUGCUUUGACUUAAAUUAAACGGACCAUAGCGUUUGUGUUGGGCGUGGUUUAAAUUCUCUUUGAUGUAUCUUGUUUACAACUGACGGCCAAAUACACAUUGGUUAGUAUGCCUACUAGUGUCUUAUGGAAGGUUCUCGAUUUUUUUCUGGAAAAGUAAAGGCGUUUCUAGGCGCGUCGGUAGACCCACAUAUAUAAAUGAUUGACAGGCACAGAGGGUCGGAGAUUCAGACGGAGAUUCAGAUAGGUUUUAUUAACUUCACGAGACGUGUAUUAUUCUUUGUGUUCUUAUAUAUGUGUUUAUUUCGCAUUUCAUUAUUAUGCAUUGGCACAUUAUUCUAACUGCGUUAACUGUGUACCGGUACAAGAUCUACCAUACUGUAAGUUGAUGAUUUGUAAUGAUAUUUUUUUUCUUUUGUAAUUACAUUAAUACUUAUUAAAUCUUAUUAAUUGUAAAUAGGAACUGUUUUGGUUGUCGUAUCUUUAAUAUUGUUGAUUCUAUGGUAUUGUCCUUUGUUAGGCACUGCUUACAACGAGCCAAUAACAAUUAAAAUAGGAGAUUAAUUUCUCCCAAUACAAGUCAGUGCGUAACAAUAUCAUUAUACAAUCUAUCCAUAUUUAUAGAGUUGAAUUGUGGAUCUAGUUGUAAGCAUUUAUUAUGUACGAGUUGAUUUAUCUUAAGCAGGUUCUUCAAUUGGGUUUUAUUUGUAGUGAACCUUGAAAUGACGGUACAUUAAAUCUGAAUCACAUUCCAUUUCUUUUUGAUUGCGUAAUUCUAACAGUUCCAUACUUUUUAAGAAAUACUUUUUUUAAGAAUAAACAUUUGAUAAAAUAUAAGUUAACUAGAUAUAGCUCACGAAACACUGGCGGCAGCAAUUAGUGAACUUCUCAUCUACUAAAGUUACUUGACAAAACAUGAACUCAACAGCUGAUAGGAUUUAACCCGGAUCAACAUUUGUCAAAUGUGUUAAGUUAAGAGACAUAACUAUUAGAAUGACACAUAUUUUUCUUACUAGUAGACAUCCCAUAAGUAAUUAUAUGGUUAAUUUGUAUGAAAAGUUGACGUUUCCCUAUGUUUUUAUGUUAACAGUUGUCGUGUAUCUAUACUCCCGCCUUUCUCUUCCCUUCUCUCACUCCAGUAAUGACUCACAUGUUGACUCUCUAAAUAGAAACUUUGUUUCCCAUUUCUUUUCUCCGAAUUUGAAGAUUUUCUUUCCUUCUUAAACAGCAUUACAGAAUAAUUCUCAGUUUUUGUGAGGUAGUUAGAAAUUUAUAGAUUCAAUCUAGCAAUAUCUGACUCAAAACUGUAAGUCUGAAUCUGAUUAUCGUUUGACAAUGUACUACGGAUUUUGAAAGGGUUAGAUUUAAAUUAAAAUCAAAGUAAUAAUUUAACAAUUUAGUGUAUUUAUCAUCGCAACAUUAAAAUUUGCGAUAUGACAUAAACACAAGGCUUCCGAUGACCAUAACGUGUUACAUGUAUGCGUUUUUAUUAUUUUGAUCAAUAGGUAAGCUAGUUAGAAAUAGCCGAGUUGGUAUCUUUAUUCCAGAUUUGAUAUUAUAAAUUUCUUCAAGAACCUACUGCUACCAAGUGUUUGUAACACAGAUGCACAAAUGAAUUCAGUUGUUAUCGUGAAAAUACUUAUUGAAAACUCACUGGGUUUUUUUUUACUUAAAUGUUUUUAUUUUUGUAUGUGUCUGCAUUAUAUUUUCUAAGAAACAUGAAUCUACUAAUUAUGUUUGUGAUGUCGAAACGCUUGGAAUGGCAACAAUAAAAUCUGAAAUGUGACAUUUUUUCAAUAAAGCUAAAGGACCUAUUUUAAUAUGUAAUUACUAGAAUAAAAUGACCCGAUGUUAUAAAUGGUAGGUCCUUAGCGAUAAUUUUCCACCUCCUAUUGCAAAAAUUCAUCACAAUUCCUAAGUUCAAAAGUCAUUUUCUAUGUCAUGGUAUUAACGUUUCUAACACAAUUACGUUUUUGAGAAGUAUUUAAAAUAGUAAACGCAUAACCUAUUCCCUUCGACGCCCUAAAUUACAUUUUCCCCUGUAAUCAUGAACUUAAAUUACCAAAUUUAAAUUAUAUCUGAUUGUAUCAUUAUUGUCACUAAAGAAGUUAAUUGGGUGACAAGUUCUACGCUAGAGAAAUACUUUAGAUUUCGUGUGCUUUGAAAUUCUUAAAUGUUUGCCUACCCUAACUCCUUUUGUGCCCUUAGAAUACCAUUUUUUUGUCUUUCUAAAAAUUAUAAAAACAUAAUUAAAAUUUAAAAGAAAAACUCGAUAUAUGAUAUAAAUAUUUUUUAUUAACAUAAUUUGAUACAUAGAUAUCUUCAUACAAAUAGUAAAAUCAAUUUGGCUUAUUUUUUAAAAAAAUUAUACAUUAUCGGAAAUCAAAAAACAAAGAAUUCUUUAAUUUAAAGAAGAAUCUUGUGAAUGCUAUUUUGGGUGUGGAGUUUCAUUGCACUGAUUGUCUUCAACUGCGUUUUCUUAUUUAAAGUAUAUUUAUAGGUUAAGUUUCUUUACGUUAUAAAUUUAAUAAAAGUAUAUUUAUUGAAUUUAAAAAAAAUAAUUAAAAAUUAAACAUACAAUGCUAGUCAUUUUUGUGCAUCAUGAAAAAUUAAAAAAGCAGUCAAUCAUAUUUAUUCAUUUUUAUUUUUAGAAGGGGGCAAUUCAUGAUCAGUUCUGUCUCGCGCGGUAAUUAAAUCAAAGAAACUUAGAGCUAUGGCUAAAAUAGGCAAUCGCGCUAUGACGUCAUUUGCAUAUUUAUAUAUAUGCAAUUAAUUUUAUUUUUAUUUCGCAAAAUUAACAACGCUUUAAAGACGCACAGAAAACAACCGAUGUUUGAAUUUUACGGAUGAAUGUAAUUACGAUGUAAUUCUAUGAACAUAAUCGUUUUAUUAAUAUAUUUUUGCUAUUACUUUAAAUUUUUUAGAUGCUUAAAAUUGAUUUCUAGUUGCUACUUGUAAUUGAUAAUAAUUAUACUUAAAUUUUUACUACAUUAAAGCGUAUUUAUGUUAUUUUUCAUCAUUUAAUUUUAUUCAAUAUCCGUCAAAUAAUAAAAAUAACUAUAAUGCUUUUUAAGAAUCCGAAUGUAGUUAAAUCUUUUCAGUUCUUUGGUGUUAUGGUCAGCAUAGCUAAUUCUUAUUUAUUAGAAUAAAUGACCCGAAGUUAUCGGGUAAUAAUGGUAGGUACUUUGCGAUAAUUUAUAACUGCUAUUCCAAAAACUUAUCCCAAUUUAUAAAUUUUAAAAUGUAAUGAUAUUAACAUUUCUAACAUCAUUACGUUUUGAGAAGUGUUUCUCUGCUAUAUAUGAUACGCGUGCCCUACAACCGUUCACGCUCCUGAACUACUUUUACCCCUCUAAACAUUACCCUAAAUUACAAUAGGUGUUAAAUUACCCAAACUAAAUUACCACUAAUUAUAUCCCUUUUGUCACUAAAGAAGUUAAUUGAGGGAUAAUUACUUAGUUAGAGAAAUAAGGGCACGAAAGGGGUAAUUCUAAAUUAUAUCUAUAUAUAUCGAUAUAUAUGAAUAUAUAUAAAUAUAUAUAUAAAUAUAUAUAUUUAUACAUUUUAAAGAACUUUAUUAUUUAUUACUGCUUUUUCUUUCCAUUAAAACGAGUAUUUAAAAAAAAAAAAAUUAAAGCAAGAAUAAAACUGGUACGACUGCAAAAAAUCUGUACAUGCAAAAUUAAAGCACCAUAAUACGAAAUUUUUACGAAAAAUCCUGAUCAAUCGACUCUUUAAACGACCAUUUAAAUACAUACAUAUAUAUAUAUAUGAGCUAGUGAUAUUUACGAAUGGCCACCUAUAACCUUUGAUCUAUUACAAAUAUUGUUUUCUUAAAUUUUGCCAAUCAAGCAGUGCAUGAUUUAAAAGCCUGAUUCAGCCACAACACAUGCCACGUUGCGAUUCGUUUAAAUUUCUGUGGACGUGUCCCAGUUAUAUUCGGGUUUAUCGAAGAUACUAUAAUAACACACAAAGCAAACAACUGUUAUUUUCUAAAAUUACUUGGCAACUUGCACACGUAUUUUAUAUGUUUAACUCAUGCCUACAUUUGUAUGUGAAGAAAUUGUUUUAUGCGUUAAACUUAAGAACCAAAAGUUUAAUCUGCAUAUUUUGAACAUGUUCCAUUUACUGAAGAAAGUUUUUGCCCAUAUGGGCUUUUGUGUAGUUCUUAAUUUUCUUAAAACUUUUCUUACCGUGUGCUUCAUCUUUACCUUAAUACUCCUUAAAGCAUAUUUUUGGUAGCAAGAGUAAGAAGAGAAACAAUGUCAUUACUAAAAAUGAUUUCUAAUCAUCGAUGGUCAACAGAUUCAGUUUGCUCUACCAAUGAAUUUGGUUUGGACUGUGACAAGUCAUGUAACUGUGAGAAUAAAACAGAGACGUGUUUUGUGGCUACUGGAGGAUGUCCAUCUGGUUGUGCUGCUGGUUUCUAUGGAGACGGCUGCCAAAACGGUAAAUCAAUAAUGUUUAUUUUACCCAAUUUUUAAACAUAUGUAUUAUAAAUCAAUAGAUGUUGGACCAAAUUUUGAAACAUCGUUAUUAAGAAUUUUUUAGUAGAAAGGAAGUUAUAUGUUUUAUUAUUUAUGUAUGUCAUUGUUUAGAUGAGUGCUCAUCAAAGUAUAACUCUUGCCAUGUGCUUUGUUACAAUGAACGAUUUUUUAUUAAACAUGAGAUAUUUAAAAACGCUAUUUUUUCAUACCCGAAUUUAUGUAAAAAAAUCAGCCUUCCAGAAAGCUUCAAAUCUAAUGGGCUUAGAUAAUAUAUAAAACGAUAAAACCUAUUCAGUUUUACGAAUAGCAUAAGAAUAGCAUAAGAAUAGCAUAAGAAUAGCAUAAGAAUAGCAUAAGAAUAGCAUAAGAAUAGCAUAAGAAUAGCAUAAGAAUAGCAUAAGAAUAGCAUAAGAAUAGCAUAAGAAUAGCAUAAGAAUAGCAUAAGAAUAGCAUAAGAAUAGCAUAAGAAUAGCAUAAGAAUAGCAUAAGAAUAGCAUAAGAAUAGCAUAAGAAUAGCAUAAGAAUAGCAUAAGAAUAGCAUAAGAAUUGCACACGUUAAUGCAGUAGAAAAAGUGAUUUCUAAUAAAUACAUUUUUAUUCAUUAAUGUUUGAUUUUAUAUACGACAUAUCCUAUAAUUUAAAAAAAAAUUGUAAAUUGCCCAAUUUUAGAUUAUUUGGGCAAAGUAACCAACCCCUCCUCCACCCUGGAUGAACAUAAAUAUGCUCAAAUUGAACGGUGAAAAAACCGAGCUGAUACCCAUUGCUACCGCUCAAAAGCUAAAAUCUUUAAAUAACAAACUAUCCCUUAGUCUCUCAGUAAUACAGAUGAGUUUGAACAAACAGUGCGAAACAUGGGUGUAUACUUGGAUAGAACACUAACUAUUUAAAAUAACAUUAACAUGAUUUGCAAGGUGAUUUUUCUAGAGCUGCUUAAACUGAGUCAAUCAGACCUAACGUUUGAUGCAACCAAGAGGCUGAUGUCUGCAUUCGUGCUAUCAUAUAGGGACCACUACAAUGCUCUUAUGGUGGGUCUUCCAGCUACGCUCCUGGAUCAAUUUAAAAAAGCACAGAAUAAUGCGGCUCGCAUCGUUUCUUCGCAAAUGCAAAUUUGACCAUGUUAAAACACUUCCGAGAGAGUUGCAUUGGCUGCCUGUCCACGCUGGCAUAAGUACAAAAUUGAAACUAUGUGCUACAGCUGCUUGCAUGACCUGGCGCCGUCCUAUAUCAAAGCGUUGAUGAGGACUUAUGUACCCACUAGAGAACUCCGCUCAUCCGAUAGUGGCAAACUCUUGAUACCUCGUGUUCGCUUUGAGAAUUACGGAAGGCGCACGUUGGCAUUUGCUGGCCCAACAAUUUUGAACACACUUCCUGAUCGUUUCAGAAACAGCCAGACACUGGAGUCUUUCAAACCCGAUUUGAAAACACAUCUAUUUCGCAAAAGCUGUUGGGUUGAUGGUGUCUACCAUCUUUUCCAGCUGGCUAUUAUCUCCUAGAUGUAUAUUGGCCUGUGUUGAUUAUGUUUGCAAGGGAUGAAAGAAUUAGAAUAGGUAUUUUCGUAAGUUGUUUUUUGUAAUGUUGCAUUUUGUAUUUCAAUGUGGUAUAAUAUCGAUUUUUUUUAUUUCUCUUUUAAUAUGGUUAACUUUGUAUCGCUCUUUGAGCCUUUGUGGAAAAAACCUGAUAUUUAAAUAAACUUUAUAAUUAUUAUUAUUAUGAUCUAUUGCAAAUAAAUAUGAUAGGAUAUGGCAUAAAAGUCGAAAUAUGAUGUUCCAAUUCUUAUUAUGUUAUUUUGAGUUUAAUUUAUAAUGAUAAUGUUAAAGUACUUUGUUUUGUAUGCCAGAUAUGAUGAUGUUUUUUGUGAGUUUUUUGUUGUUGCGGGGAGCAGUUGCAUAUUUCUCCCUUAAUUUUUUUUUCAUAAUUUGACAUGAAGUUUUUGCUUAUUAAUAUAACGGUUUGCUUAAGUUGAAAGACUAUUUAUUAAUUUUUGCAACUAGUUUUUUUUCUUCAAAUGAAAGUUUAAUUUUUCAAAAUAAUUUUAUUAAAAAGUAUAUCUAAUUUUUAAAAAUUCAUUUUUCUCAUUUUCUGUCCGAUAAAUUGUUUUAAAAAUUUAGUAUAAUUUUUUAAAUAUGAUCUGAUAAGAAAUGACAGAUCAGUAAGGAUUACAAAUUGUCAUUUAAAAUAUUUCUUAUUAAAGAGGAAUUUUAAUAUAUAAAAAAAAAGAUAUGUGGCAACAGAAAAAGAAAAAGCAGAAAAAGUUUAUGAACAUAAUAUCUGCUUUCUUUCUAACAACAGUCUCAAUGCAACGAUUUCGUCUGGGCUUAUAUCAAAUGUAAAAAAAAAAAAAGCUAUGGCUUUUAUAUAAAACAAUUUAAACGAUCCCCAUGAAUUUCCCCCAUAGACCACCAUUUAUGCUCUGCAGGGGUAACAUUUCAACACCAUAUUUUGCUAAUCUAAACACAUUUACAUGCUAUACAUAUUUUAAACCUCGGACAUUUGAAUAAUUUAAAAGAAAAAAUUGAAGAAACCCUCAUAAUGUUCGUGUGCGCCUGUUAAAUCCUGAAUUUCUAUUUUUUUUAAAUAUUUCAUGAGUUCAUUUAAUAAAUAUAUCGUCUUUUCUCGGCCUGAGGGGGAGGUGGGGAGACAGGAAGAGGGGGAGUUAAAUUUCACCGCGAUACAUCAUUUUGUUUUACUGUUAUAAAAUAGUAAAUAAACAUACUCACAUACAUGCAUACAGUCACACCGAAGUUUAUUUUGAAUUUAAAAUUAUAUGAAAAGAAACAUAUCUAGUUUUAAAAAAAAAUCACGUUUCAAAGUCAGCUUUUUGAUAACAAUAUCAUGGUAUCAAAUAAAAAUGGCGUUUAAAAAUUUCACACAACGAACAAAGUGGAGAUAUCAAAAGCAGCAAUAAGGUUUUAGUGGAUGUUGUUUAUCAAUAAGGAGUCGACCAUGACGACUUUAAGCAUCAGGUUUGUGCUGUUUCUGUCUGUGGAUUCGCAGAUGGCUAAUGAGACCGAUUUCGGAAUGAAAUUUCUUGUGCAGUAGGUGCAGGGAAUGAUGGCGCAUCUUCGGGAGCAGAGUCAGACCGGGCCUUCACGGUAUGUCUCUUGCGCUCUGCAGCCGCUAUUCUGCCAACUUCCUGUUGCAUUGAGCUCCUGUGUAAAGUGAAACGCCAUGAUUUCGCUUCUUUUCUUUUUUCUUCUACGUGUCUGGGUUUAUGUUGCACGCUUUCCGUUAGGCUUUUCGGUUGUCUUUAAAACGCUUCUUCUGCCCGCAAGCAGACCGCUUUCCUUGUUCAAGCUAUCAAGACUACAAUGUGAAACAUGCUUGCUGGUCUUCUGAAAGCAGUCAACGAUAGGAUGAUGACUACGAAACUCCCUCUUGUAAAUGGAGGAACACAUCUUACCAUUAUAAGCUGCUAUGCUCCAACGACAAGUCCAGAUGAAGUAAAAACCAUGUUCUACGAGGAUUCCACACUAUUGGAAAUGACAGCGUUGAAGCAAACUCGGCAUCACUUAGAUCGCUGUUGUACAACACUGCCAUGGAUUUUCUAUGCCCAAGCUCGAAUAAGACAUAAGGACAGGUUUGAUGAUAGCUGUGACGUAAUCAAGCAACUGCUCAUUGAAAAACACCGUCUCCACCACGCUUCCCUAAACAACCAGAGGACAGUCCAAAAGAAAGGUGUGUGCCAAAGUAUAAGAAGAGCGGUGCAGCAGAAACUGCGUCUAAUGCAGAAUACAUGGUUUAGCGACAAGGCCGAUGAGAUCCAGAAGGCUAUGCGGACCGACAUGACCUACAAAAUUUCUACCUCGGUCUGAAAACAGUCUGCGGCCCCACUUUUAGUGAAUACAAUAUGAAACAUAGAAUAAGUUUCCAUCAUAUUUUGUAUGUUGUUAACCACGCCCCCUCCCCAACCCCCACCCCCCUAAAAAAAUAAUUCACUGAUUUUUUAAAGGAUUAAAAUUUUUAUUUUUUAAAAUUAAAAUUGCACAGCCAAAGCUUAAAAAUUGUUAUACUUAACAAUUGUGCAUCAAUUAUAUAAAAUAAAUUAAAUAUUAUUUGUUCAAGUAUUUGGUAACAAAACUAUUCAUGUUUUUAACAUCAAAAAGAUUUGUUUAUUAUAUAAGACGAAAUGUCAAGAAUGAAUUGACAAUCUCAUUUUAAUUUUUUGCUGUUGUAGGAUGUAUGAAAUAGAAGAAAUAUUAAUAUGAUUGUAUUCUUAUUUAUACAAAGGAUUACAUUUAAAAAAACAUUUUUUUUUCCAACCAGAGUGUCCCAAAUUGACCUGGGGCUCUAAAUGUUCCAAUAACUGCAGCAGUCACUGCGUUGAUAAGGCAUGUGAUAAAAUUGAUGGUACCUGUGUUAAUGGAUGUGAAGCCGGAUAUUUCAAGAACACGUGUAAUCAAAGUGAGCAGUGAAGAAACGUAAUGUAGUAAAAACAUUUUCGAUUUUUUAAAAUAAAUUUCACCAAUAUCGACAUUUUGAGAACAAAUAUAAUUUUUUUAACACUAACAAACAUUAUAAAGAAUGAGAAUCGGCAUAUAAUUUGAACUAUAAUGAUGCAAGAAAUAGUUUUAGAUAUCACUUUAGGAACAACCUUCUGUAUAUAUAAAUAUAUAUAUAUAUAUAUAUAUAUAUAUAUAUAUAUAUUUAUAUAUGACAACACUCCGUCUUUUAAUUAUAAAGAAUGAGAAUCGGCAUAUAAUUUGAACUAUAAUGAUGCAAGAAAUAGUUUUAGAUAUCACUUUAGAAACAACCUUCUGUAUAUAUAAAUAUAUAUAUAUAUAUAUAUAUAUAUAUAUAUAUAUAUUUAUAUAUGACAACCCUCCGUCUUUUCGAGAUGUUGUGACAGCUAUGCCCACUUGAAAUAAUGGCUUAGGAGGCCGAUCUCUUAAUGGCAGUCUCAGCUGUUUUUUCCGCAUGAGAACCUUGACUCCUGGAUAAAUUGGGCCUUUCGUACCGUAAUGCCCUUUUUGUUGCAAGGGUUUUGUUUCACGAAUCUCCUGCCCUUUUAACAUCUUCAUACAAUGUUAUUUCCCAGCUGGAAAGGUGCUCAGCGUUGACCCCCCAUUCGUAAAUUUUUUAUGUUUGCUUCUCCCAUCUUUUUUUUUUUUAAAUUUCUUUGCAAAACUACUUAAAUUGCAGCUGAUGCUGUCCAAAAAGUCUAGGCCAUUUUUCCAAGCUCUCCAUACGUUAGAUAAUUUUGUAUACGGUCUUCCUCCAUUCUUCUGACAUUGCAUAACCAGCGAAAGUCCCUCAUGCUUCGAGCUGAGAAUAGGCUACUCAUUUUGGCAAAUUCCAAAACCGCUGUUUUUAGGCACAUUGGCCUACGUUCGAAUUUCGAAAAAUGCGACGAUGAGGUCGAUGAUGAAAGCUUUUGAUUUUUCGCUAAUGACUAGAAUAUGAAGCCCAAACUUCUCUGCCAAAUAGAAUCGUUCUAAGCACAUGCUUUAUUUAGUUAAAGAUUAUUCCACACGCGCUUAUUCAGAUUAGCCAUAGUUUCAUCUGCUUUUGCAAUCCCAGAUAUUCAACUCUUUCCAACGGAGAUUGUACUAGAGAUAUUUGAAAUUAUCAACAACUGACAGAUUAUGGACCUCAAUAGAUUUUUUUUUUUUUGAAGGAGACUCUCCUACUGGCAUAAUGAUAUUUUUUCCUGUGAAAAUAUGGUCAAUACAAAAUAUUUAGAUGCAUUGAUGAUGCGGUUAACUAAAAAUAAUGCGUUUGUUGCGGAAUACCUUCUUCUGUGUGCGAUGUUAAGGCGGCAUCGUCAGCAAACAAAUUAGGAUCUAUUUUACCUUGCUCUUAGCACUGAGGUUGAUGUUCCCUUGGGUUAUCCAGAGGCGUGGAGAGAGGCGAUUUGCUAUUGGGAACCAGCUUAUAAUCCUUGAAGUAUAAUCCCAGGCCAUGUGGAUUUCGUCCUCCGAAGCCCACUCCAUCGUCAUAUUGUUACGGAAGGAUGCCAGAAAAAAAAAAAAAAAAAAAAAAAACUGAGGUGCGAGAUAUUGAACAGUCCUCGGUAUUUAUUAAUAAAAUUAAUAGCGAGGAAUUAUUGGGGAGAAACACUUGCAUUGUUGGAGUUGAAAUGUGACGGGGGAAUUUAAGGACAUGUUUCCUGAACAUAGAACAAGUACAUCAAAGGAAAAGUUGGGAUAAUAUAGGAAAGAAACAACUAAGGAAAAGGUGGAUGAAUAUAGGACAUCAACAGCUAAGGAACUGGAGGGAUAAUAUAAGACACAAACAGCUAAGAACUUUGUGGGAGAAUAUAGGAAAUUAACAGCUGAGGACAUUGUGGGAGAAUAUAGGAUGUUAACAGCUAAGGAACUGGUGGGAGAAUAUAGGACACCAACAGUUCAGGAACUGAUGGGAAAAAUUAGGACACCAACAGCUCGGGUGGUGUUGGGAGAAUAUAGGACAUAGACAACAAAAUACGUGUUGUUGAGAGGACUAAAAAUUCUGGGGAUAAAUGAAUGAAAUACAAAUUAUCAAUUAAUAGCUGUUUCUUCGGUAGAAUCAAACAAAUGGCAGAAUGUGAAGAUGACAGCCUAAAAUUGAUAUUUUCAAAUUAGGUAUAUAAAGCAACAACUUAAGUAUAUACUUUUUCACAUAUAAAAAUAAUGUUAGUUAUAAGCCAUUCCGUGACCCUGCUCAAGAUCAUCUUCUGUGUUUUUAUUGUGGUUUUAAUUUUAAAAAAAACAUAGUUCUAAAAUAUACUUAAUUCAAUAUAAACAAUUAAGUUUUCUCGUAGAGUUAUUUUGAUAAUACUUUUAUUAACAUCAUAAUCAGAACUAAUGUCCUUAAAUCAAUAUAAAAGUUUAUAUCAUUUAAAAAUAUCAUGAUUUCUAAACACAUUUAAAGAUACAAAAUAGUUGUUGUAAAAUUUAUGUUCGCAGUCAAAAUAUUUUUUAUAUAAUGACUUUCCAAUAUUUCCAUACCAUCGUGUCCCGACUUAACAUGGGGCCAAAAUUGCUUAUCUAAAUGUAGUGAACAAUGUCUUGAAAGAACGUGCAACACAACGAAUGGCGUUUGUAUUAAUGGAUGUAAAGAUGGAUACAUAUCGGAUAAUUGCACAAUUCGUUAGUAUUUUUUGCCUUUAGUUGUACAAUGAGUUUUUUUUUAAUAUCCUUUGCAUUAACUUAUAUUACCUUCGCUUUUGUUCGUGCUUUUCUUGCUGGCGAAAUCUUCAGACGGAUAUUUGACCCACUUCCUGUUAAACUGUCGAGCGGCAAAUAAUAAAAUAUACUAUGACAUUUUCAUUCAAAACAUCGAAAAAUUAGUUUCUCCGAUUUUCCAGUGGGGAAGUUUAAGGAUAUAUGGUGUGACUGAUUUUGUUAAAUAAAAUUCCAGAUAACUGAGCUAAAUAAUCUUCUUUAAAAAAAAAAACAGGCAAGUGCGUUUGGUACUUAAUAUUUUAUAUAAUUUUUCUGAAAUGGUGAAAUAAAUAUUCGGUGUAAAAGCUAGUAUGAAUAUAGAAUAUUAAUAUAAACAAUUUAAAAUGCAUAUGAAGGAUUAUUUAUGUAAAAUUGGUUUUUAUGGGUUAUUUAAUUUCAUUAAAUGGUAUAGAAUUGCAAACUUAAGCUAUACAUCGAAUGAAACUUGUUUUCCAAGAAUUUCCUAAGUUUAAACACAUUAUACUUAUAUGAUAAAAUAUUUUUGAAAUAUUUAAAUGGCAUAACUGAAGAGCAUACAUUAAUACAUUAAAUAACAUAUAAUUAAAUUAAUUGAAAAAUAUUUCUAAAAAUACGUGUCAUUUCAACCACAUCCUUACAACUUUUUUUUACCUUAGCACAUGGAUAAAUUUAGGACAUUUCUUUGAAAAAUAUUACGCCGUAUAUAUAAAUUAUAUUAAUAUUGAAUUUAAGAAUGCGACAGAGGAAGUUAUUUAGUAUUGUACAUUUUGUUUCUUGUUAGCUUGCCCAUCAGCCACAUGGGGCAAAAACUGUCAAUAUAACUGCAGUGACCACUGUUUGGACAACACUUGUAAUGUAACCAACGGUAGAUGUGAUAGCGGCUGUGAGCCUGGGUACUUGGAAGAUAUGUGUACAGUCCGUAAGUAUGUGUGAAAAGAUGAUCAUAUGAGAAGAAAGUCUUAUCUUCUUAAAGUGAAACAAAAAAGCAAACUGGAAACAAAAAGAUAAGUCGUUACAAUACUGUCUGUGCCUCAUUAUUUUAUGGAACAUACUUAUCUUCAAGAUAUAAUAUUAAUUAGUCGAAAUGAGCCCGCGGAAAAAAAAAAUGUUUUAAAAAGUAUCCUAUUUUGAUUUUAAAAAAUUAAAAUACAUCACUGAAUAAAAAAAGUCAGCUAUUUGAUUAGUUUAUAAUGAAAAGGCCAACUACUGACUUGCUUUUAAUGAAAGUAAAUGUGUCAAAACUCUGUUCAAUCUGUAUUUGAGGCUAUUAAAAUAUACCUUUAAGGAAUAUGGUUUUAAAAGUAACUUCAUGUUAACAUUAAUGGCUGUUCAUUUAAGUAAUCUAAGAUUGCUAUUGAUUGCAAUGAGACUGAGCACAAAAUAAUUUAAUCUUUUUUUUUUUUGUAUGGUCUACGAAUCAAAUUAUGACAACAUAUAUCAAAUACUGGAUGCGCACUAGAGCAAAUCUGAAAAACCAAAUUUUAUGGUUGUAUAAUUUGACUUCAACCAUCAAUUUCAAUCCCUUGAUAUCUAUUUAAAAUUAAUUUGAUUGACGUUGUAGAUCCUUUUAAUGUUACGACAUGAAACUGACGAUUUCAUGAAUUACAAUAGACUGAAUUCCAGAAGUAAAGUGACAUAGAGUUUUAUUAAAAUAAUAAUUAUAAUGUGGUUAUAAUGCUGUAAUAAUAUUGGAAAACAUUGUUUCUUACAUAAUUUUAUCUGAUGUUUUAAAAAAAAAAUCAAUAUUUUGCUUUUAAUAAUUCUCAAAACACUUAAACAACUAUUUUAUUAGAAUGUCCAAAACUGACAUGGGGGAGCAAGUGUCUAAAGCGCUGCAGUGAUCACUGUCUCAACAAAACGUGUAAUUUUGCUAAUGGGAUCUGUGAUUAUGGAUGUGAGGCUGGUAACAAUGACAAACUUUGUCUAGAUGGUAAGGAAUAUAAACAUGGCACUUAUUUAUUUAUUUCUUAUCUAUUUGUUUUAGUUAUUUAAAUAUCAUGUACACUGUGCUAUAAAAUUUGGAAUGUCUUUUAAAAUUCUUGUGAAUCCAGGCCCUAAAUAACGCGCUGCGAUGACAUGCGUUGUUUAGUUUUAACGUAUAAGCCUUAGAGAGGUCAACAAGUUGUGUUUAGUUUUAACACAUUGGCCUUAUAGAGGCAACAGGUUGGUUUUCUGUAGGGAACACAAUCCUAGACAACUUUGUUUGCGUCACAUUCCAAUUCCCUAUUGUGAAUAUGGAAAUACUUAGCUUUGAUACGUACGUCCUGUCUUCAAAGCUUUUGUGGUCCCCAUAAAAAAUGCUUAUUAUCAGUUUCAGGUCUGAUGUGACAAAAGAUUGUCAAUUAUACGUUUUUGAUUUUCCAGAAUGAAUAAUAUGAAGUUAAUAGCUUAGCUUUUCUAUAUACUAUCGUUACUGUAAAUGAUUUUGGUUUUAUCAUAGUGGAUGCUCCGAAUAAAAAUUGUCUUGUUUUUCUUGACAGAAAUAGCUCUAGAAGGUAGAAGAAAUUUAAAAAAACAAAAAAAGAAAAACUAUUAUCAUGCUGAUUACGCUUAAAUGAUGAAACAUUUGUCCAAAUUGAAAUUUUAAUAAAGACAUUUGAUAUUUUUCCCUUAAUAAGCUACAACCCAGUUGGACUAUACAGCAGGUAUUUAUCCUUUUUUUCAUAAAGAAAUUAUAUAACACAUUGAAUUAUAUAUUAUUACCAUCAUCCCAAUUAAUCGUUUAUAGUUACUUCAUCACUCAAUCAAUCAGUACAUAAAUCCGCCCAAUAAGGAGUCUCUAUGUCCGUCCAUUCUUCGGUGAAUCCUUUUUUCUGUCCAUCUAUCCAUCUGUCUGACAGUCUGAAUCUAUUUAUCUUUCUGUCCGAAUGAAUACCUCUUUGUGUCUUUUUUGUGUGUAUGCCAUUCUGUUUGUCUUUUAUUCAGUCUGGUGCCUAUCUGUCAUGCUGCUUCUCUCUCAUUCAUUCGGUCCGUGGAUCUUUUUAUGUGUCUGGCUAUUUGUUGUGUGUGUUCGUGCUAAUGAGUAUUUUACAAAACCAUUUCAUUUAUCAUUAUAUUGAAUCAAAAUGUGUAGCAUAACAGAACUUAAAUUUCGUAGAAUAACGUUUUUAAUUUCGAAUUAAUAUUAUGAGUAGAUUGUUAAUUGUUAAUCUCACGAGUGUUGAUAUCGAUCAAUUUGUACUUCCCCAAAUUCUUUCUAUUAGGCUUUAUUACGUAAUAUUUAUUAAACGGCUGAUUUUUAAACGAAAUAAUGUAUUAAAUUAAUACUUCUGUACUUUACAUAAUUAUUUAGCUGUUUCAAAUCUUUAUCACAAACAGCAUAUAAUUCUGGACUUGGCAGUGGAAUCGGUAUAGGAAUUGGUGUUACGAUAGCUGCUGAUGUCAUCAUUUGUAUUGUCCUAUACAUUUGGUUUAAAAGACGAAAAAAGGCUCCACCAAAACCACGUGGUGCAACAGACAGCCAUUAUGAUCAUGUAGAUCCCAUACAACCAAAUGAUCAUCCAUAUAAUACAGUAGAAAAGACUGGUAAGUUAAUUAUUAUUUUAAUUUUUUAUUAAGAAAUAUUUAAUAAAAUAUAAUUUUCAAAAUGUUGUAAAAACUAAGUAUAACAUAAUCAUGGUUGUCCAUUGGAUAGCGUUAAUAACGGCGUAAGAUAAAUCGUAAAUUUUACGACACUCUGAGCAAUACUAUUGUGAGUUUUGAAAAAAAUAAUAAGGAUUUGGCUGAUUUCAUUUUAAAAAUGUGAUUUUGUAGAAAUAUUGUGUUUAGUGAGCUACGUGGUGUUGAAUUUGGAUUAGUUUUUAAUGCUUUUGUGAUGGUACUUCAAGGGAAUGUAUAUAUCUAUAAUUUUUUGUUUUAUAAUGACUUUGAAACAAAAAUAUAAUGUGUGAAUGAAUAUACGAAUGUUAGGGAGCAUUUUCAUGACAGCUUUGUAUGGGCAUUUGCGUUAAAGCGUGGCCAUUUUACUGUAUCUCUACGUGUUGCCUUAUCAUGUAUAUUUAUAGUUGUAAACAUAUAAAGUUGUAAUUUAAAAUAAAUGAAGGUUGUUUCGUCCCGAUAUUUACAUUUUGCUUUUUUUUUCAUUUCCAGGAGAUGACUAUGAUAUUGUGAAAGAUGUCAUGACAUUCAACUCGAAAAUUAACUCAGUAACGAGAAAAACGGCUGAUAAAUAAAAUGAGGAACAUCCUUCUAGUUUCAAUAUAUGUUCGUGUCGAGUAUCCUUAAUGCAGGGCCGGUGGUAGGGGAUGGGGAAGUGGGUGGCUGCCCACAGCCCCGCGUUUGCUGGAACGCGGGGCCCCGCUCGUUGCCGUAGUAUAUUUAUAAUGUACAUAAGCCUACUAAUAUUUGCUCAUCCAGUCAACACAAUAUUCGGAGUUAUUAGAUAGUCAAAUGGUCUGAAGGUCAGUCAUGGUCCGAUACUCUCCCUUCGAUUACGACUAUAACGUGUCUUAAUAUCCUAUCUGCGGAAUAUAUAACGUCAACGGCUCGGCAAAAUUCAAUUUGCCCAAGGCCCCGCACCCUCCUAGCGUCGGCCCUGCUUAAUGCAAUACUAUUUAUUUUCAGAACAUGAUAAAUCCAUCUUAUUAUCAAUAUGAAAUUAAGUGGGGAGCAAAUACAAUCAUGUUAAUGUAAAAGGAAAUGUUGAACUAGAAGUUUGUGAAAACCUGAAAGCAAAGACGAAGAAAAACAACGAACAUCUCGACACAUUCUUCUCGCUGUGCAUCUCGGAUACAACAUUUCCUAUCAAAUAUCUCGGAUGCAAAAUUCCAGAUAAGAUAUCUUUGAUAAAAAGUGUCAGAUAAAAUAUCUUGGAUACAAAAUUUUUAAUAAAUACCUCGGAUACAAAAUUUCAGAUAAAAUAUCUCGUACAACAUUUCAGCUAAAUUUUAAUGUAAAUAUCUGUUUUUUCGCUGCACAGGGCUUUUUUUUUCAGGAUUUACUUUAAACCUUGUUUGACAUACUUGAUUCUUAUAUUUUAGUACGUAAUUUUUUUUUUAUUAGAGUGGACUUGAUCAGAAACAUCUAUAAUUAUCAACUCACUAGGAUUAAGUUUGAAAAUAUUAAAUUCAAUUGAGAUGUAGUCAAAUAAGUAGACUUCAAUUAUGUACAUAUUUUUUAUAAGAAAUGUAAGUUCAAUUUAUUAAGUUAAGAUCAAAUAAGCAGAUAUGCUCCAAGAGGCGGCGAUGGCUAUGCGUUCAUCAACGGGGGGCUCUUGGGAGAAUUAAUUAAGACGGCCUCGCAGUUGAUCAGAAAUUUUCAUUGUUUAAAUGGUGUAAAAUGUGGUUCGUGUAAAAAUACAUAAAGCUUGAAUGGUAAUAUGUAUACUUCUUAUCUAUGAGCACAAACGUUUUUUCAAAGUCUGUUGUAUUAGGUGAUUCACUAAGCACUUAGUAACAGAUUUCGCUAGACGCCUAUUCACACCUUUGACAGCUUCGCUCCUCUGCAGACACGCGUAUUCUGUCCAUUCCCAAGGCACACACUAAAACAUAUGGUGAACGAUCUUUCUCUUUCUGUGCCCCCAAACAAUGGUAUUCUUUGCCACUACAUAUCCGCAAUAUACCAACCACCCAGGCCUUCAAAACUGCACUCAAAACAUAUUUUUUUAAAUUAUUCUACCCUGACUAAUUCCCCUCCUCUGACCGAUAAACGAUCUUGCUGGCUGCCGUCCAUGGUUAGCCUUGUAAAAGUUAAGUGGUGGGGUGGGUACAAAGAUUAUUUACACAUAGUUCAAGCUAAAUAUAAUAAUACACACUUAAGUGAUAUUAAAAUAAAGAUUUUUUUUUUAAAGAUAACGUGUUAAGGAUUUAGUGUAGAGUUAUUUCAUUACUGAGCUUUAAAAUAUGCCGAUGGUGUUCAUUUAACAAAAGUACCCACAUGGCUAACAUAAACGAUGGUUUGCAAGUGAAAAUCAAUGAUAAAAUAACGUUGCAAUGCUUAUUCUAUGCUAUGUUAAAUUGUAUUUGAGCAUUAUAACGUGUAUUUAUGCCUUGCUUCACAAACCUUUUUUCAAAUUAUACCCUGAUACUUUAAAUACUUCCCCCACAAAGAGAUGGCUAGUUUAAAAAUAACUUUUGCAACUCAUUCAAAGCUGCCCAAAGUAGGUGGAAAGGACAUGCACAAUUCACAAUGAAUAUUUUGGAAAUAUACAGUGCUAAUACUGACACCCUUAGUGUCUAUACUCAGAUGUUGAUGAAAUAUACAGUGCUAUCACUGAUAUCUAUAAUAUGCUAUUUACCAAUAGGUUUAUACAACAAUACAGGUUCUAUGUGAAUUGAGUGAAAUAGGCUUAACUUUGUAGCAAUACCCUUUCUUGCUCCAUAUUGAAAUAUUGGUGGAUUUAAAACUAAUAAUAUCCAAUGCAUUCAGGUUCCCUCUAGAAUUUUCUAGAAAGUUCGACAGUUUAAAAAAGCUAUAAUUAUGGCAUUUUGAAGCCGAUUUCAAUGAGACACAUUUCACAUUUAAACUCUAUAAUUUAUCUGAAUGAUUUACAAAGGGCCCCCCCCCCCCCCAUUUCAGACAUAACUAAAGCGGUACUUUAUUAAAUGGGUUUCUUUUGGGCUCUUAUUUCAAUUUAAAUCUACUAAAGUUAUAGUAGUACAAUUCAGUUGUAUAAUAUUUACCAUGUGAGAAAUAAUUAUGUAAAAAAGAUAUUUUUUUACAAGUUUAAUGGAGGAUAUGAAGUCGAUAUUGUUCUACGGGGAUUUUAGUUUAAAAUCGUAUUCGAAUCAAAAUUGCACUGAGCAUGAUCCCAUAGAGGAACAGACUCCUAAUUGGGAACGAGAUCCAACAUAAAACUGGAACAAAUCGGCUAAGCAAUGCAAUCGUGUAACGGUAUUCAACUGGGAUUGGGAUCCUAAUCGGGAAGCGGGAUAACAUUAGAAAAGAGGGUCCCUAUGUGGAACGGGAUCCCAUAGAGUACGGUAUCCUAACGAGAUCGGUAGCCUACGUGAUAGAGAUCCACCUAGAUCGGGAUUCCAUCUGGUUUGGGACCCCACUGGUAGGUUGGAUUUAACCACGAUCGGAAUCCCACUGUGAUCUAGAUACCGAUGGUAUGGGACCCAGAACUGGAUUCCCCUGGAUCCGGAGCAACAAGAAAACGGAAUCCCACCUGGAACGGGAUCACAUCGGACACGGGACUGAGCUGGGAUCGGGGUCAGAAUGGGUUCCAACAGGUUUGGGGUCCCACCAGGAUGGCCUUGCAAGUGCAAUCCCGGGUAUAUUCUCAAUAAUAGAAAUUACUAACGAAAUAUUUGAAAAUCUCCUAGGCCCUAAAUCUUUUAUCUCAUAAUAUUUGUUAAGUGCACCAACAUAAAUCUCCCAUCUUUGAACCAAUCUUUGAUUCUGUUUGACACAAUUUUAUCUGUAAAAAAAAGUUUAAAUUGUAUUGUUCAUUGCACAAUUAUACUUCAAUAAACAUCUAUUCAUUCGACACAUUAAUCAUGAUUUGUAUUAGAUUUAAAUAAGUAAGUAUGGCACUGGGAGAUGGUAUAGUCUAGGGCGGAUAGGGGCGCUAAAAUGCAUGGGCG